AGUCUGCAGACGCCAGCAUGGAAACCCUCCUCGGUGCGCUUACUGGCACACCUCCCUCUCCUCCUCCUCCUCCUUCUCCUCCUCACCGUCCUGAUUGCACAUCGGCACUCCGGCAGCAGCACAGCGGGAGUCACGACCCAGAAAUACAUGAAGAGAAUUAAAAGAGUGAGGAUGCUGAUGAGCUUUUCUGAGCAAAAAACAAAAUGAUGGAUUGAACUUUUAAAAAUGUCCAAGCGGGUAUUUUUUGGAUUCCUCUCGGUUUGUGGAAUAUGUUGACUUCCAGCUGGGUUGAUGCUGACUGAUGAGACCAUGACACGUUUCCUGCUGCCGCUGCUGCUGCUGCUGCUGACAGAGGUGAUGCUUUCUGUGUGAGGUUGCUCCAAAAACUCUCAAAGCGCAAAAACACAAAGUCCCCAAGAACCGGAAUAAAGAGGACCCUGCUUCCCGUGUUUGACAGGCUGCUGAGACUGACCAAAGACAUCCAUAAAACGAUGUAAUAAAAACAGCUCCUGCACACGCUUCUUCUUCUUCUUCUUCUUCGGGUGAUUGGGAAUAAAGCCGCACCGACUGGCGUCAGAGCCGAGCCGUUACGCAUGGAGACAGCUCGGCGCUGAGCGGAUUUUUGUUGCCUGUUCUGAUUUCUUUUUAUGAUUUUAACUCUGACAAAAGAGGGGAAAAGGGUUAUUCUACUCCUUCUCGAACAGAAAAUGAGUAGCUGUCUUUUCCGACUAGCACUCUUCGUGGCUUGCGUCCUCUCCAUCCGCUGCACCGCUGCGCCCGGGACCGAGGCGGAGGCGCACACGGCGUCCCGGGAUACCUGCGCGUCCUGCGGCGUCGCUCAGCCGGAGGACCCCGAGUCGGGCCGGCUGAACGUGGACUUCCUGGAGGCGGUGAAGAGGCACAUCCUGAGCCGGCUGCAGAUGCGGGAGAGGCCCAACAUCACGCACCCGGUCUCGAGGGCGGCCAUGGUGACGGCGCUGCGGAAGCUCCACGCCGGGAAGCUGCGGGAGGACGGGAGGGUGGAGAUCCCCAACCUGGACGGGCACCCGAUGAGCAACGACGUGCUGGAGGAGAGCUCGGAGAUCAUCAGCUUUGCGGAGAAAGACGACGUGGUGACAUCCAAGUCCAGCCUGUUCUUCCUGAUCUCCAACGAGGGGAACCAGAACCUGUAUGUGACACAGGCCACCCUCUGGCUCUACUUCAAGCUGCUGCCAUCCCCUCUGGAGGUGCGUCCACGGCGGAAGGUGACAGUGAAGGUGUACUACCAGGAGCCUGGCCUCGGCAGCAAGUGGAACCUGGUGGAGAAGCGGGUGGAGCUGAAGCGCAGCGGCUGGCACACCUUCAUGCUGACUGACGCGGUCCGGUUGGUGUUUGAGAAGGGCGACCGGCGCCAGAACCUGGACGUGCGUUGCGAGGGCUGCGAGGCAGAGGGCGUCGUACCCGUCCUGCUCAACCACAACGAUGAGUCCCACCGACCCUUCCUGGUGGUGCAGGCACGGCAGGUGGACAACAAACACCGGAUCCGCAAGAGGGGGCUGGAGUGCGACGGCAGCAGCAGCCUGUGCUGCCGCCAGCAGUUCUACAUAGACUUCCGGCUCAUCGGCUGGAACGACUGGAUCAUCGCGCCGUCGGGCUACUUUGGGAACUACUGCGAGGGGAAGUGUCCUGCUUACAUGGCAGGCGUCCCUGGUUCGGCCUCGUCCUUCCACACAGCGGUGGUGAACCAGUACCGCAUGCGGGGGAUGAGCCCAGGCUCCAUGAACUCCUGCUGCAUCCCCACAAAGCUCAGCACCAUGUCCAUGCUCUACUUUGAUGACGAGUACAACAUCGUCAAGCGGGACGUUCCCAACAUGAUCGUGGAGGAGUGUGGCUGUGCUUGAGUAUGUUUUUAUUCUUGUUUAUUUAAGGUGGAACUGAAGAACUUAACUGUAAACAGGUUCACAAUAUUAAAACAACAACAAAAAAAUGGAUAUAGAAGCAGAAUAUUUAUGGACGAUGGAGAAAACAUGUGCACACACAACCUCAUCCACACAUAUCGACACACCCUCAUGUAUGCCCGCACAAAAACUUGUAUAUAUAUUUAUGUUUGUUGAUAUAUUUCAUUAUAUUCUCUGGUGGAAGACUGUUUCUGUGUAGAAACGAUUCAUUAUCCUUCAAAGGGACAUGAAAAGUUCUCUUCCAAAUCUUUAAAUAUCCGCAUUAGAAAACAAUCAAUCUCUGAAGUUUUUCAAUAAAUAUCUCUAAGAUAGUGAGGAUCUGGUUUGCUAAAGUGUUUCAAGACUUAUGUAACCUACUAGCCUUUACAAAGCAGCAUCAUUUGAUGUAAUUCUCUGCUAUCAGUCAAGUUGUUAGCGUAGGUACCACUCGUUUAGCAGUUUUGGAAUUAAACUCUUCAUGUGUAGAACAUAAAACACCAACCUUGAACGUGAAAAUAACAUCUCCUGAGGAGGUGUAAGGGAGCCUUACACAAGUCACAAAGAAGGUUGGGGGUGAUUCCACUAUGCCUCUUAUCAAGAGCAGUGUGUGCAAACACGUAGGACAAGCACUAAAAAUGUUAAUACAACGGUCAAACUUCACCAACGUACAGCACUAAAAUCGGCUUCAAGCUGACUUCCAGAAACGGAUCUGUAGAGACUUUUCAAUAAGGUUUCUGUGACACUGUCACCAAACCGUGAAAUAAUCCUCCGAACUAAAAGGUCAACUUUCCAAAUAUGACAUUCCUGAAAUUCAAAGAAAAAUCCAGUGUGGAGGUCUCAAACCAUUCACUGUAAUGCGAUAAGUUAUUUUAACUCACAAAAAUGUGUUGAAACUGAUUAUAUCCAAAGUUUUAAGUUACACAAACUCAAUUUUGUAAGUUAAAAAAAAGCUUUAGAAGCUUUUACUAGUAAAUUUAAGUGACACUAAUUCCAGUCAGCGCCACUUAAAAUAGAGUAUUUUUUAAGUUACAAAAUUAAGUUAGUUUUACCUGUUUUAUUUUAGUUAAAUAAAAGUUUUACAGUAACUUGGUGACGUACCCUGUAAAACCAAACAGGUUUUCAAACGAUUGUCGUAACUGAUUACAUCAAACAUUUUAAGUAAAACUAACUAAAUUUUCUAAGAUGAAAAAACUUUCUUGAUCAAGUAGCUUUACUAAUUUUAUAAUGACUCAAUUUUAUCAUUUUUAUUAAGUAUCUAUUAGGAAUGUUUCAGUAACUGACAAUACAUUAUCAAUAUUACGUUAAGAGUAAAAACUGCUUCAUCAAAUUGAGUUUGUGUUACUUAAGAUUUUCCCCAGCCCUCAAAAUCACACACCAAAUUAGUCUGUUCCUUCAAUCGAAUACUUUGAACCACUCACAUUUUUGUGAUAUGAACUUUACGAUUUAGUAUUUGAGGUAACAGUAUGCCGACAUUUGGACAGUAGUCUGCUCUGCUCAGUGCAGUCCAUGUACAAUCCCAAAGGGGCUACAAGAUCUGACGUACCAUCUAAAGUCUCGAUCUUAUUUCGUGAACUUCCACUCCCCCUUAAUGGUCUUUGUAUCAUUAAAGUUUUCCAAGGACUGAGCCAUCUUCCACUCCAUGGUAUGGGGUAGAACAAAUACUCUUUGUGACCAGCACAUGAAGAUGGUAGAAUAUCAGGAAUCUAUGGAAGCCCAUUUCUGCCAAUGUGAAGACAAAAAAAAAGGAUUCUGUACGUCAUUAUAAUGAAAAACAUUCAUCAAAAUAACAACUAAGUUUCAAAAACUCAUUAUUUAGAGAAAGUUAAUAACGAUUAUUUUUAUCCUGUCACAUUGGCGGAAAUGGGCUUUCAAAGAAAUCACCUCACAUUUAUCUGUAAAGUAAGUAAAACCCUCCCUUCACCUUCCUCGGCUCCUCCUCGAAGGGGACCGCUUACUUUCCUUCCAAAAUCAGACAAAUAUCUCUCUCAUUUCAGUCAGUGAAAAGUUGCCAUAUUGCUCAGUUUAGUGACGGUGCAGCUUCGCACUCCCCAACGCACACUUUGAUAGCACUUGCAGAUUGAAAUGCCUUUAACGAGCCCUAUGUGGCACACACCAACGCCCACAGUCCUUCUAAAAGAAAUAAGUGCCGCAUGAGCUAUGCAAUGUAUAGUAUUUACCCAUAUACCAGACAAGCUGAACUAAAGCUCUUCUGACAAACUAUCACAAAUACUUGAAUCGUAAGUGUGGCGAGCGGCAGCAGGCUGGGCUUUGGGCAGGAGGCAGAAGAAAAUGCCGACUGAAAACGUGUUUCUGGUAGUAGACGGUGAAGUCUUUUGUGAGAGUUUAUUGUGAAAACCUGGUGAAUGGUGUGGGUUUUUCAAAAGAUUAUUUCAUCUUCCUCUUUGUAAUAUAAAAAGAGGCUAACUGGGGCUAACUUUGACCCAAAUUUAAUGAAUUUUGGUGUCUAAAUGAAUGCGUCCCAGUGGAGUUCCCAUCACGGCCUCUUCGGCACCGAAACACACUUUGAGACACAGUUUCUAGUCACUUUGACAUCACUUUGAUAUUUUCAGGUUAAACGUUUCAGCAGCCUGUUAUUUCACCAGUCUCAUUUACCGGCUUUACCACUUCUACACAUGUAAGAGAAAUACCUGAGCUGUCAGGUGCCGCUCAUUAUCUCAGCUCUUCCUGCCUUCUGUCCGACGCUCGACCUCCACUCUGCCUGCCACUGUAAUCUUUCGCUUGUUCUUCAAAGCGAACCGUUGCACUGAGGAGCUAGAAAUAAGAGGAAAAAAAAAAAUGAACUAAAUAGAAACUGCCAUUGAAAAAUAAAUUAAAAAAAGUUAUUUUUAUAGAAGCAAAAUUGAGCUCUGUUCAAAUGUAUUAUACCUAAUCAUGGAACCAAAGAGGCCAAGAGGUUUAGCUAUUGAAAGAUGGCAAAGAUGCCGUCGUGUUUUUGUUGUUGUAAAUGACUUUGUGACAGUUAAAGAGGCCUAAACACUGUAUCAGGGUAUAAUAUCACUCCAUAAUCAGCUUAAUCUCUUUUCUAUUUUGUACCUAGACAUGGAAUAUUUCAUAUUUUUUCAUCAAAUUACUUAAAUAUUCCUAGUUUUCUUUCUUCUUUUUGUUAGCUCUCGUUACAGAAUCAUUUAGAGUAAAAGCACAUGCCAUCUGAUCCCUGUACAGUCGGUGUAACAUAUGAAUAUGCUUUUGAAAUAUUUUGUUCUUUGUAAUUGUUGAAAAAAUAAAUUUCUUAUUACCAAUUGUA